AUGGACAUCGAUGCAGUGAAAUAUGAUGAUUUAAUUAAAAAACUAGAUUCAUAUUUUAUACCGAAAGUUAAUAUAGCUAUGGAACGUCACAAAUUUUUUAGUCGAAAACAAGCUAAUAGUGAAACGAUUGAGGAGUAUGUAACAGAAUUAAAAAAUUUGAGUCUCACUUGUGAAUUUAAUGAUCUACGUGAAGAUUUGGUUAAAGAUAUUUUUAUUUGUGGGCUGUCGUCAAAUCUUUCACAUAUUAAAGAAAGAUUACUAAGCGAAGCUUUAACACGUUCUUUUAACAAAAAUAAAUAUCAUCAAAAAAGAAUGCCGCAAUCUAACCAGAAAUUGUCAACAAAAAACUUGGAAAAAUUUAGUCAAAAUCAAAAGUCGUCAACAUGUGGAAAAUGUGGGCAAAUACACAAAACAAAAUGUCCCGCCCAUGGAGAGGUAUAUCGUCUAUGCAAAAAAACAAAUCAUUAUGCCAAGAUGUGUUUUCUUAACAGCAAAAUUAAUAUGCGUCAACCAGCUAAAUAUGUUAAAAAUAUUAAUACAGCAGCUGAAACACAAGAAAAUGAUCUCUUUAUUGGAAAUCUUAACAUUAACAACAUCACAUUGAAUUCAGAAAAAAGUGCAACAACAUAUGAACAUGUAGAGGGGCACAAGCCAAUGUUAUUCCAAUCAAUAUUAUUAAAGAAUUAA